UUUCUGAUUAUUUUCUAGGAGCUAGAGAUGUUUUAUCUUAUGUGAGAAGUCGGCCCAGAGAUGGAAAACUUUAUUCUGUAUGAGGAGAUUGGAAGAGGAAGCAAGACUGUUGUCUAUAAAGGGCGACGGAAGGGAACAAUCAAUUUUGUAGCUAUUCUUUGUACUGAUAAGUGUAAAAGGCCUGAAAUAACCAACUGGGUUCGUCUCACCCAUGAAAUUAAACACAAGAAUAUUGUAACUUUUCAUGAAUGGUAUGAAACCAGCAAUCAUCUCUGGCUAGUAGUGGAACUCUGCACAGGUGGUUCCUUAGAAACUGUUAUUGCUCAAGAUGAAAGCCUCCCAGAAGAUGUUGUGAGAGAAUUUGGGAUUGAUCUGAUUACUGGAUUACAUCAUCUUCAUAAACUUGGCAUUCUUUUUUGUGACAUUUCUCCUAGGAAGAUACUCUUGGAAGGGCCUGGCACAUUGAAGUUCAGCAAUUUUUGCUUGGCAAAAGUGGAAGGUGAAAAUUUGGAAGAGUUCUUUGCUUUGGUGGCAGCAGAAGAAGGAGGAGGUGAUAGUGGGGAGAAUGUCCUGAAGAAAAGCAUGAAAAAUAGAGUCAAAGGAUCACCUAUAUACACAGCACCAGAAAUUGUGAGGGGUACUGACUUUUCCAUCACGAGUGACCUCUGGUCUUUGGGCUGUCUGCUGUAUGAAAUGUUUUCAGGAAAACCUCCAUUCUUCUCAGAAAGUCUUCCAGAAUUAACUCAAAAGAUCUUAUAUGAAGAUCCAUUGCCACCUAUUCCAAAAGAUUCUUCUCUUCCUAAAGCUUCUUCAGAUUUUAUUAAUUUGCUUGAUGGAUUACUUCAGAGAGAUCCUCAGAAAAGAUUAACGUGGACAGGCCUUCUGCAGCAUUCAUUUUGGAAGAAUGCUUUCACUCGAGAAGAUCAGGAAUCGGGCACUGUGGAUUUCAGCUUCAGCAGAAACAUGAUGGAGUGUUCUGGGCCACAAGAUUCUAAGGAACUUUUGCAGAACCCUCAGAGUGGGCAAGCAAAAGGAUUGAAGAGUGGUCAAUGGCUAAGUCACUCUUUCAGACUAGAAAAUCCAACUGAUUUUCGACCUAAGAGUUCUCUUGGAGGCCAAUUGAAUGAAUCCAUGUUUCUUCUCAGUUCUCGUCCUACUCCAAGAACUAGUACUGCAGUGGGAUUAAGUCCUGAUGAGAAUGUGACUCAGAAUUCACCACAGAAGACUUCUCCUUUGACCAAGAUUACAGGUAGACACCUGAGUCAGCAGGACCUGGAAUCCAAGAUGCAAGAGCUUAUCUACACAGACUCAGAUCUUGUCAUCACCCCAAUUAUCGACAAUCCAAAGAUAAUGAAACAGCCACCAAUUAAAUUUGACCCCAAAAUAUUGCAUCUACCAGCAAAUUCAGUGGAUAAGUUAUUGUUUCUGAAAGACCAAGAUUGGAAUGACUUUUUGCAGCAAGUGUGCUCACAGAUUGACUCCACUGAGAAGAGCAUGGGGGCUUCCCGAGCCAAGCUGAAUCUCCUUUGCUAUUUAUGUGUGGCAGCUGGUCACCAGGAGGUGGCCACCAGGCUCCUCCAUUCCCCUCUGUUCCAAUUGCUAAUUCAGCAUUUGCGAAUAGCUCCAAAUUGGGAUAUACGGGCCAAGGUUGCUCGGGUGAUUGGUUUACUGGCCUCACACACAACUGAGCUCCAGGAAAAUACACCGGUUAUCGAGGCAAUUGCUCUCUUAACUGAAUUAAUUAGAGAAAACUUCAGGAACAGCAAAUUAAAACAGUGCCUUUUACCAACCCUUGGGGAGCUGCUCUACCUUGUAGCCACCCAGGAACUAAAAAAAAAGAACCCUAGAGAAUGCUGGGCUGUUCCCUUGGCUGCAUACACAGUGCUAAUGAGGUGCCUUCGGGAAGGGGAAGAACGUGUUGUGAAUCACAUGGCAGCAAAGAUUAUUGAAAAUGUCUGUACUACCUUUUCUGCUCAUGCCCAGGGCUUUAUUACAGGAGAAAUCGGACCUGUUUUAUGGUACCUAUUCAGACAUUCCACUGUUGAUUCUCUUAGGAUAACAGCAAUAUCGGCCUUGUGUAGAAUCACUCGCCAUUCUCCUACUGCCUUCCAGAAUGUCAUUGAGAAAGUGGGACUGAACACGGUAAUAAACUCCCUGGCCUCUGCCAUCUGCAAAGUUCAGCAGUACAUGUUGACCUUAUUCACUGCCAUGCUGUCCUGUGGGAUUCAUCUUCAAAGACUAAUCCAAGAAAAGGAUUUUGUCUCCACAAUUAUUCGUUUACUGGACAGCCCUUCAACUUGCAUUAGAGCAAAAGCUUUCCUGGUACUUCUGUAUAUUUUGAUUUAUAACCGUGAGAUGUUGCUGCUCAGUUGCCAAGCAAGGCUGGUGAUGUACAUCGAGAGAGACAGCAGAAAGACCACUCCAGGCAAGGAGCAGCAAAGCGGCAAUGAAUACCUGUCUAAAUGCCUGGAUCUUCUCAUCCGUCACAUCGUGCAGGAACUGCCACGAAUCCUGGGUGACAUUCUCAAUGCCUUGGCUAAUGUUUCUGGCCGAAAACACCCGUCAACAGUUCAAGUGAAACAGCUGAAGAUGUGUCUUCCCCUGAUGCCUGUAGUGCUUCACCUUGUAACUUCACAGGUAUUUCGACCUCAAGUUGUAACAGAAGAGUUUCUUUUCAGUUACGGAACUAUUCUUAGUCAUAUUAAAUCUAUAGACUCAGGAGAAACUAACAUAGAUGGAGCCAUAGGACUGACAGCAUCGGAAGAAUUUAUCAAGAUCACGUUGUCGACUUUUGAAGCAAUAAUACAGUAUCCUAUUUUGUUGAAAGACUAUCGCUCUACGGUUGUUGAUUAUAUCCUGCCACCCUUGGUCUCCUUGGUUCAAAGCCAAAAUGUGGAGUGGAGACUCUUCAGUUUGCGGUUGCUCUCAGAAACCACAUCUCUACUUGUGAACCAGGAGUUUGGGGAUGAUGAGGAGGAUGCCAAUGUUGAUUCUGACAGCAGUCUUCUGGCUCUCAUUAGAGAUGUCUUGCUUCCCCAGUAA